AGUUUCAGUCCACGACAGACGGGAUUUGGGGAUUUUACACUCGCGAACGAUCUCACCUCUCCCUCUACAAAAUGGCCUCGCCAGCAACGUCAGAAAAAGCAGGCGAGUCCUGGCAAACGGCCAAAGAGCUGUUCGCUGGUAGCGUGGGAGGUAUCGUGCAAGUCUUGAGCGGUCAGCCGUUCGAUACGGUCAAGGUCCGCCUCCAGACACAACCUCGUGAGAACCCGCUUUACAGCGGCAUUGGAGACUGUGUGAAGAAAAUUGUCAAAAAUGAAGGGUUCAGCGGGUUCUACAAGGGCACACUAACACCCCUCAUUGGAGUAGGAGGGUGUGUCUCCAUUCAAUUCGGUGCACUUGAAUAUGUCAAGCGCUCCUUUACAUCCUACAACCGAUCCGCUGGCUCUGCAACGCCUGACCAUCUCUCCAUGCCACAACUUUUCUUGGCUGGGGCCGCAUCAGGUAUCGCGAACUCGGUACUAUCUGGACCAAUUGAGCACGUGCGGACUCGUCUGCAGGUUCAAGGAAGCAGUACGUCUGGUGGGAAGCCGACAUACAGCGGGCCACUCGAUUUUGCGCGUAAAGUUGCCGGUGAACAUGGUGUGAACGCGUUGUACAAGGGUCAGGCGGUGACGAUGGUUCGAGAGUUUUUUGGAUACGGUGCCUAUUUCGCCACGUAUGAAUGGCUGAUGCAAAGGACGAUGAAAAGUGAGGGGAAGAGGAGGGAUCAGAUUGAAACCUGGAAGCAGUGCUUGUAUGGUGCUAUGGCAGGAUAUGCUUUAUGGAUUUCAGUAUACCCGGUGGAUGUGAUCAAGUCCAAGAUUCAGACGGAUGGAUUCGCCCUGUCGACACGGCAAUACAAGGGGAUGUUGGACUGUGCUAGGAAGACUCUCGCCCAAGACGGACUUGCCGGAUUUUACAGAGGAUUCUGGGCUUGCAUGUUCCGUGCUGGACCCGUCAAUGCUGCUACAUUCGUUGCGUACGAGAUUACCAUGAAUUUCAUAGGUCGAUAAGGCAAAGGCGAUCGAAGAGUGUUUGUUCGUACUGUGGCGAUUUACAUGGGUUUACGGAUGGCUAGACGCGUAGAUCAUGGUUAAAGAACAUAUCUAAAUCAAGGGCCCAGUGUACUUAACAUCCGUUAUCUUUAAAAGUGAAUAUCAAGAAUAGAUAAACUCUGAUAUAGAUAAAGUAAUAGCACUUUGUGACCAGCACAUAAUGGGAAGCUUUCAUGUCGGGCAUAAUGGACUAAGC